CUCAAAGUGUGCUAGAUUACCCAUUCAUAUUCCUUCCAAGGUCCGAAUUAAGUUUCGCCUUUGCUGCCAGCGAAAUCUCACUUGGGGACUUGUUGUCUUGCUCUCACUCAGCCCUUUUCUCGCCACUUCUCUUUCUCUGCUAGUGAUAAUUCAGGGCGACUCAGCCUUCAUCUCAAAAUGCAAAAGGUUAUAGUUCAUUUUGUCCGCCACGCACAAGGUCAUCACAAUGUCCCGACGGAGAACCGCCUCCAGAUCCCGGACCCGGACCUGACACCUCUCGGAGUCACACAGUGCGAAGCACUCGCCCAAAGCUUCCCAUAUCACUCCCAGAUAACGCACCUCAUGUCCUCGCCCAUCCGCCGCGCCCUUUACACCUGCCUCCUCUCCUUCCCCAGCUCCGUCGAGCGGGGCCUCACCGUCCUCGCCCUCCCCUCCGCCCAGGAGUUCAGCGACUACCCGUGCGACACCGGCUCGAGCAUCUCGGAGCUGUCGCACGAGUUCGGCGGCAAGGUCGACCUCAGCCUCCUCGACGACAACUGGAACUCGAACACGGGGAAGUGGGGCCCGCACUGCGAUGUCAUAGACGCGCGUGCCAGGGAGACGCGGCGCUUCCUGUGCCAGUUUGGCAGGGACUGGGUGAGGCAGAAUCCGGGUGGUGGCAGGGACUGUCACAUCGUCGUCUCGACGCACGGGGGCUUCCUCCACUACGUGACGGGAGAGUGGAACGGUACGGGCGGUGCUGCGGGCACAGGGUGGCGAAACUGCGAGUUCCGGAGCUUCACCUUUGCGGAGGGCGACAGUGACGAAGACGCCACGUUGGUGGAGUUGCCGGAGAGCAGGGCCAGGAGGCCUGAUGAAAAGAUUCUGUCCAAGGAGGAGCACAGGGCUUUGAGGGAAUUUGCAGAGAGAGAGUGGGUCAAGGGCGGAUAUCAGAAGAUCCCACUGCCGGAUGUGUCGUUUGCUGAGGAGGAGACACUCGAAUCGAGUGCGGGUGCAAUCAAAGUGCAGGCGUAG